CGAUUUCGUGCUCUUAACGGUCCUCACUCACUCGAGCUCUCCUUACAGCCUCCUCCUGCACAGGAAUCAUCGUCCAGUCGUCCUUCGUUCGCGUCGUGUGUCCGUUUGUCGUUAGUGUUUUUAAACCGCAAAAUGAAGUACUUUGUUGCCAUCGCUAUGCUGAUCGCCGCCGCUCAGGCCGUUCCCAUUGAGCUGGGACACUAUGCUCCGGCGCUGGUGCAUCAUGCGCCCGUUCUGGCGCACGCUGUUCACGCCGAGCCGGUGGCCUAUCCCAAGUACGCCUUCAACUACGGCAUCAAGGAUCCCCACACCGGAGACAUUAAGUCGCAGGCUGAGGAGCGUGACGGUGAUGUUGUGAAGGGCCACUACUCUCUGGUUGAGCCCGAUGGUUCCGUGCGCACCGUCGACUACACCGCCGAUGACCACAACGGUUUCAAUGCCGUCGUCCACAAGACCGCCCCCAAGAUCAUCGCCCACGCGCCAGUGGUGCAUGCCGCCCCCGUGCUCGCACACGCCCCCCUCCUGCACCAUUACUAAGCGGGAGCCUGGGCCCAGUCACCAAGGUGCUCUCCCUUUCGCUCUCAUCCAUCCACUGAAACAUCAUAGGAACAACAACAAACAGAAAACGAAAAAACCACAAAAAAAAUAUCAACAAAACAACGAACAUGAACAUGAAAAUUCUUUUGUAAGUAAGCUUAGCUAAGAGUUUAGUAGACACGGGACCGCCUUAGGGGGCGUGUCCCAGAACCCGGCUGAUCCUGGCAUGGCAUGGACGAAGGAAAAACGAAAAUGAAAAUGGAAAAGAAAACGAAAAUGAAAAUCACUAUCAAAGCAAAUUCAUAUCGACUUGGCAUUCGGAAUGACUUGAUCGCGGAUUGAUGACGAUGGUGGAUAACAUCAGAGUUGGACUUGGUAUAGGGAGAGACAAGUUUUCAAUAUAAAAUAUGUUAUGUUUUUCUAUAUACCUAAAUGUAUGAUAAGCCAGUACCGAACUCACUGGCAACCUUUUGCCCUCGUAGACCCAGGAAAGUCCAUCUCACAUAGGCUUCUCAUAGAUCUUCCCGCCUCUGUAUAUAGAACUUUACCUCUACGCCUUGAACUUUUUCAUUUCAAGCUUAACUUUUGUAAUAUAUAUUUAUGUUCUAUCCCUCACUCCCAUUUCAACAAACUUCUUAUUCUAUAACUCUAGUUUAGAAGCCUAUGUGGCGACUGUCGAGCUCCGGACAGCAUCCCCGAACUGCCACGCCUAUUUAAGAACCUCAGGGCGUGUGUUAGCUCCUUUCUGGAGCCAAGUCGAGUGCCAUGGGGGAUCGCUUCUGGUUUGGCAGGCGCUGAGCGAACGACUCCUGGAAGGCAGAAGAUUGUCAGUGAUAGGAAGCACAUGGCCGGAUAUUUGUGCAUUAGUAGCUAGUACUCUCUAUCCUGCUGUUAUCCCCGAGGACUCAUUCCGCCUCUUUCUUCCACUUUCACCUCUCUCACUCACUCACCGAUUUACUAUCUCUCUCUUCGUGUAUCUUCUUCUCUCUCUCACUCAACCUCUCACUCAAUCAGUCUGACACUCUUGUAUCUAGUUUCAUUUUUUGCAUUUAGUAUUUUCACAGUUAUUGUGUAUUUAUAAACAAUUAUGCAGCUUAAUUAUAAACAACAAUGAUAAAAAUCUCAUGAAGAAAAUCAACAAAAAAAAAAAUAAUCACUGAACUCUAUUAGUUUUCUCCCGCCAACGGAGCAAAAACGAAAGGAAAACAAACUCUCACAUGUCUCUCACGUCUCAAAAGUUCAUUUGAGUCUUACACUUAUGUACCAUAUAUUCCCCAUAAACAUUUGUAUGCAACAACAACAACAACAUCAACAGCAGCAAACGAAAUGCAAAAACGUUAUUAUGGAAAUAGUAAAAAGAAAAAACUAAAAAAAAAAUAAAUAAAAAUCAUAUUUAAAAAAAA